AAGGUCUAUGCGCGUGAAGGGGAUGAGGCGCGUGCACGGACUAUAAAAGCGCGUCGCUCCGGUCAGUCAGCGGCUCUCAAACACACAGGUGUCCUUCAGCCCGUCCAGCCGGGACCGACGCUCAGGAUGGCCGCCAAGAGAGUCUGCAUUAUCGGCUCCGGCAACUGGGGCUCUGCCAUUGCCAAGAUCGUGGGUGCCAAUGCAGCAAAGUCCAGCACGUUUGAGAGCACAGUCAACAUGUGGGUGUUUGAAGAGAUGAUCAAUGGACGCAAACUCACCGAAAUCAUCAACACCGAACACGAGAACUUAAAAUACCUUCCUGGACACAAGCUGCCACCCAAUGUGGUAGCGAUUCCAGAGCUGUUGGACGCAGUGAAGGAUGCAGAUAUCCUCAUCUUCGUCAUACCUCAUCAGUUUGUGUCCAGAGCCUGUGAAACCAUUAAAGGUCACAUCAAAUCAGACGCGGUGGGGAUGUCCCUCAUUAAGGGUGUGGAUGAGGGUCCUGACGGGCUCAAACUCAUCUCUGAUGUCAUUAGGGAGAAACUGGGCAUCACUAUGACUGUGCUGAUGGGAGCCAAUCUGGCCAAUGAGGUGGCUGCUGAGAAAUUCUGCGAAACCACAAUCGGGUGUAAAAGCAAAGCUCACGGGCCGCUGCUGAAAGAACUCAUGCAGACGCAGAACUUCCGUGUGACGGUGGUGGAGGAGGCAGAUGUGGUGGAGAUCUGUGGAGCGUUAAAGAAUAUUGUGGCAGUUGGUGCUGGUUUCUGUGACGGUCUAGAUUUCGGUGACAACACUAAAGCCGCUGUGAUCCGUCUGGGUCUGAUGGAGAUGAUUGCUUUCGCUCGGAUAUUCUGCACGGCCAGUCCGGUCUCGCCCGCCACGUUUCUGGAGAGCUGCGGUGUCGCUGACCUCAUCACCACCUGCUACGGGGGACGCAACCGCAAAAUUGGGGAAGCGUUUGCAAGAACAGGAAAAUCUAUUGAGGAGCUCGAGAAGGAAAUGUUAAAUGGACAGAAACUUCAGGGUCCAGCGACCGCAGCAGAAGUUCAUCAGAUCUUAAAACACAAAAACCUGGUGGAAAAGUUUCCUCUGUUUAAUGCAGUUUAUCAGAUCUGUUUUCAGGGUCAUCCGGUGAAAGAUUUCAUCACUUGUCUACAGAAUCAUCCAGAGCACAUGUAACUCUCUGAAACAGCUGUGGAUUUCUUUUACAAGAAAAGGGGAUUUAAAGGUGCAUCAUGGAGCCUAUUUAUCUCAUUUGAAAUGGCCUUUCUGAUUUCCCAAAAUGUUUAAUUACAGCAGGGACUCCCACAAACGUCUGUACCAUGUAUCUUAUCACCAUGAAACUCCAUAAGAAAUGGACAUCAUGUCUGUUUUAGUUUCGUUAACACUGUAUGGAAGUUUUUUAUUUUUAACUAUAUAAAAAUGUUAUAAUGAUGCAUGCAUGAGGUGAUUUUAUUUCCUGUAAAUGACAACGAUUUUGCAUUGUGGAGGAUGUAUGUCCUGUCUUCUGGCCCAUACUCACAGUGGAGUAUUUACGUUUAUUUUAACACAGCUUUUAAAUGUUUUAACAACUUAUUAGAGGAAGAAAGUGCCUUGAAGUUGAGACUUAUGCUCAUGUAAUACGUGCCAAAAACAUAUCUCUUUAUUAAAUUGAAAACGCAUCUAAUUCAUAACGCCUGGCAAAGGUUUUGUGAGUCAGUCACUGAAUGAUUUGUGAGUUUUCUCUAACAAAGCUAAUGUUGAAUCAUUUGUAGAGCUAUCAUGCAGUCGAGUGAACUGUGAUAUUACUCUCACACACAUACGGGAAUGUGACCUUUACAUUGACACCUCUCUCUAACACACGAAACGUUGACCUUUAAUAGUUUAGGGUUCAUCCUUUGACCUUUACAUGAGAGCUAGCAGAUCAAAUCACCCCACACCAAAACACAAAAUAAGCACAGGCUCUGACUUAACAUGAGUGAAGAUGUAAAAUGUCAUUUGGCAAAAUGUAUUUCAUUUUAAUCACCAUUUUCAAUAGUGGUUAGCCAUUCUUUCUAUCGGCAACAUUAAACAAACUUUUGUUGAAAAUCUCUUUACAUUUAAUAAUAGGGAUGAAUCGUUCAUGUGACAGAUGUUUUGCUUUGUUGGCAGAUGUUUAAUCAUCUGUGAUUUCUUUGUGUUUCAAUAAAAAAAAUUAAUAAAAACAAAUUAUGUGAGCUC